GUAGGAAGGUCUGACGCUCCAACAGAAACAAAACGUCACUUAAUGACAGUAAAGAACAUAGUUGGAAUAUUUCUGUGUUUUGUAAUCUGCAUCUGAAGACUUCUGAGAGGUCACUCGUUGUUUUGCACCUGUUAAUGUGUCGCUAAAUGACGAAUGAGUUUCAGCUUCCAAACUACUUGUGGAAGUGGGAGUGCCCUCCGUCCGUCCUGUCUGAAGAGUUGCUUCUCUCUCUCUCCUCUCAGUGUGUCUUCACCUCUCUCUCUCUCCUCUCUCUCCUCUCUCUCUCCUCAGAGCAGCAGAAGUCUCAACGGCAAAAUGUUUCUGGCAAAGAAUCUGAUCGGAGGGAUCAUAAACAUUGUGGGCAACAUCGACCCCUCUCAGUUCAUUCCUUCAGACCCUCCUCCUCCUCGCAGACCUGUGAACUUCGCCGAAGCUCAUGAGAACGAUGAGGAGAAACAGUUUCGGAAGGUUUUCAAGCAGCUGGCUGGAGAUGACAUGGAAGUGAGCCCCAAGGAGUUGAUGGACAUCCUCAACAAAAUCAUUUCCAAACAUGGAAACCUCAAGACCGAUGGUUUCAGCAUCGAGUCCUGCAGGAGCAUGGUUGCCGUCAUGGACAGUGACAGCACAGGGAAACUGGGCUUCCACGAGUUUAAAUACCUCUGGAACAACAUCAAGAGAUGGCAGGGUAUCUAUCUGUCCCAUGAUGCCGAUCGUUCAGGUGUGAUUGGCUCUGACGAGCUGCCGCGUGCCUUCAAGGCUGCAGGUUUCCCUCUGAAUGAGCAGCUCUAUAAGCUGAUUAUCCGUCGCUAUAGCGAUGAGCACGGCAACAUGGACUUUGACAAUUUCGUCGGCUGCCUGGUUCGACUGGACGCCAUGUGCAGAGCCUUUAAGACUCUGGAUAAGGACAACAGCGGCUCCAUCAGCCUGGACGUCAAAGAGUGGCUUCAGUUGACGAUGUAUUCAUGAAGCGACGGAGGGAAACUGCUCUGCAACAAAAAAAACUCUUUUUUUUUCACCUCAUCCCUCUCAUUCCAAAUUACAUCUGUAUGUGCUUAUGGACGUGCAAUAGUGUUUGAAACCCUCCAAUCUUCAUGGUAACGGGACCAAAACGUCAACAGGUUUAGAGGUAAAGACAAAGGAAGAAGAAACAAACCGGGACCAAAGUGAAGCCGAUGCUCCUGUUGCUCCUUCCUGCUGUUGCACUCUCCUGCUGCUGCCAGGCGGCGGCGCUAUAACAUCCCCAUGUCAUAGAUAUCUAUAUAUUUUGUUCCUGCAAAAAAAAAAGUUCUAAGGGUGAAGCUGUUCAUGACAUUGAUUUGAAUGUUUAAAAGAAUAAAGUGACAUAAUUGACA